AUGCUUUCAACUCGCACGAACUAUCCACCCGAAUGUGAGCAGGUUGUGAAUCAAACAAUCCAACUUUUGCAAUCUGCCUCUUUGACUUACGAUGUUUUGGGUGCCACAUGUGCGACUGAGGAGGUUAGCAUGCCUGGAUUCUGCAAAUUCUAUCGUCUGUGCAGCCUGCGUUCACGCAAAAUGUCCGAAUAUUGGAUUAACUGGCAAACCAUGCGCGGUGGCAAGAUGAUGGUGUCCGAGAUCAAGCCUAUGAUCGCCUGUAACGAGCUGUGUCAACAGGGGUUGGAAAAAUUGGUCGAGACUGGGGUGGAUAUUGAGAAGCGUGUUGAGGAACAGUUCCGUCAUUUACGUCAGGUGACCCAGUCGAAAGAGGAUUGGGCUACUGUGGAAUAUGUGGAUCGGAAAUUCCUUAUUCCACAAGUCGUUGUCAUCAAAAUGAUGGUGAAUCACGUGAACGGUUUGCGACUUUGCAAGAACCACUAUGUGUACGAUCGCAAAUCGAUGAUUAAAGAAAGCAAAACAAUUCGUCGUUGCAUUCAGUUCCGUAAACAGGUGGAGAGCAAUUGCAGCAGCACAUGCAAACCGGAGAAAAAUGUCUUCUCCACUUCCAUUUGGUCUUUCACCUAUCCAAUUGUCUAA